AUGGUAUUAGGAAUGAUAAAUGAGAUUCAACAAUAUCUCGAUGCAAGGUAUAUUGGACCUCCAGAAGCUGCUUGGCGAAUAUUUGGUCAUCCUUUGCAUGUAGAGAUGCCAACAGUUGUACGAUUGGCACUUCAUUUACCUGGAAUGCAUCACGUUGUUUUUAAUCUAGAAGAGUCAUUAGAAACGAUUCAGUCUAGAGCUGGUCAACAAAUCUCAACUCUUACUGGCUUCUUUGCAUAUUGUGCUGGUAGUGAAGAUGAAUGUCCAUUCACUUAUCAAGAAUUUCCACAGCAUUAUGUUUGGCUCAAGUCGGAAAAGAGAUGGAAAUCAAGAGAAAUGGGAUAUGCAAUUGGUAGAAUGUACUUUGCUAGCCCUAAUUGUGGUGAAAGAUUUUAUCUGCGUUUGUUACUAACCGUUGUCAAAGGACCAAAGUCGUUUCAGUCUUUACGCACGAUCGAUAAUGUUGUGCACGAUACAUUUAAAUUAGCAUGUGUUGCAAUGGGGCUUUUAGAAGAUGAUGAAGAAUGGAUACAAUGCUUGAAAGAGGCUGUAGUUAUGAAAACUGGAUAUCAAUUGAGGAGAUUGUUUAGUAUUAUUCUCACCCAGUGCUCUCCACUAAAUCCAUGCAAAAGUUUAAUUGACUUCCCACCCAUGCCACAACCUACUGCAAAUUGGAGUGCAGUAGUUGAUAAUCAAUUGAUAUUUGAACAUCAACAACUGCAGAUUUUUCAAAAUAAAGGAACUGUUUUCUUUCUGAAUGGGGGUGCUGGAACAGGGAAAACAUUUCUGUACAAUACGAUUGCAUUAAAAUGUCGUAGCCUCGAGCAUAUCGUUGUUACUGUGGCUUCAUCUGGAAUUGCAUCAUUGUUACUGGUAGGAGGUCGCACUGCACAUUCAACAUUUUCCAUUCCGUUGGAUGUCUUAGACUAUUCGAAUUGUGGGCUUAGCAAACAAUCAUUACAAGCUGAGUUAUUUAGAGAAACAAAACUCAUAAUUUGGGAUGAAGUUCCGAUGCAACAUAGACAUUGUGUUGAGGCGGUUGAUCGUACAUUGAGGGAUAUUUGUGAUAGUGAAAAGCCAUUUGGGGGUAUUACUAUUGUUCUUAGUGGAGACUUUCGACAAAUCUUACCAGUUAUACCCAAAAGAGUUCGUGAGCAAAUAGUGAAUGCAUCAUUAAGACACUCUGUUCUAUGGAAGCAUAUACAUAUCUUGACUUUGGAUUUGAAUAUGCGCUUGAAUCAUGAAAGCCGUGAAAAUGCUAAUUUUGCAAACUUCUUGAUGGAGAUUGGGACCAAUCCUCAAGAAAUCGUUAACCUUCCAUCAACAAUACACAAAUGUCAAGAUUUGAAUGAAUUACUCUCAACAGUUUACCCACGAUAUCCUAAUGAAUAUUUAAAUUCAUUGGAUCCUCCUGGGUUGCCAACUUUUAAGUUAGAGUUGAAGGUGGGUUGUCCUAUAAUAUUGUUGAGAAACAUUGCACCGAAAGAUGGACUAUGUAAUGGUACAAGAUUGAUGGUUACUAGGUGCGACACUCGCAUAAUUGAAGCUCAAAUCUUAACUAGAGAAAAGUUUGGCAAUUUGGCAUUCAUACCAAGGAUAUCUUUGGCACCAUCUUCUUCAGAAAUGCCUUUCCAAAUGACAAGACGUCAAUUUCCAGUCCGAUUGGCAUUUGCCUUGACCAUUAAUAAAUCUCAAGGACAAUCUGUGAAAUUUGUUGGAGUUGAUUUGCGCAUACCAGUGUUUAGCCAUGGGCAAUUAUAUGUGGCAUUGUCCAGAUGUACAUCAUUUGAUCGUAUAAGUAUUCUGCUCCCUAAAGAUUGUUUGGAUUCUACUACAAAUAUUGUUUAUCCUGAAUUGGAGAUACUCCACAAGGAGGAAAACAAAGUUGCAUUGGGCUUUGUGUCAGCGGAUAAGGGGGUUGGGAAGGACUCAGUCGUGCCAGCAUCAGGCUCUGUGCUAGCAGACAAAGCAGCUGGGAAGGCCCUGGCAGCACCAACGUCGGUUGCCUCUGCCACACAGCCCCUUUCUAUGGUUGUUGCCACCACGGCUUCGAUCCCAAGCUCUAGGGAGCCUACCAUUUCCGAGGAGCUGCCUCAGCAUAAGAAACAGCAGAAAGGUUUUGAUAAGGAGAUUCGAUCGUCUAACUACUCGAGUCUUGCUGGGUGUGGUAGCUACUUGGUUUCAUUUUGGGACCCAGAAUUUCGAAGCGACAUCUUUUCGAUGCCUAUCUUGAUCCGUUAUCGGACCGAAAGAGGUUACUAUGCCUUGGGCAAUCAACUGUGUUUCACCACGUCAAGCGUCAGGUACUCCAUCUUGCUGCAGAUUACCAUUUGCUUGAGGUGGGUACGGUGA